UGGGCGGGCCGCAGUCUCCCAUCAUGCAGGCCAAUAACAGGACGGAGUUGCUUGGCAGGCAGCUGCUGGACUGUUGCGUAAGCUCACUGCAAGUCCACUCACUUAUUGAUUUGUCUCCUCACGAUGGCAGCUGCGAAGAAAGUGUGCAUCAUCGGAUCUGGAAAUUGGGGCUCUGCCAUUGCCAAGAUAGUGGGUUCCAAUGCCGCUCACAAUUCCAAAUUUGACAACAAAGUAAAAAUGUGGGUGUUUGAGGAGAUGGUGAACGGGCGCAAACUGACUGAAAUAAUCAACAGUGACCAUGAGAAUGUCAAGUACCUUCCAGGGCACAAGCUACCUGCAAAUGUGCUGGCCGUACCAGACCUGGUAGAAGCAUCCAGUGAUGCAGACAUUCUGGUGUUUGUCAUCCCACACCAGUUUAUUGGCAGAGUGUGUGACACCAUGAAGGGCAAAAUAAAGAACGAUGCGCUGGGAAUUUCCCUUAUCAAGGGUGUUGACGAGGGCCCUGAUGGCCUCAAACUCAUUUCUGAUGUGAUCCAAGAGAAGCUGGGCAUUGCUAUGAGUGUGCUGAUGGGAGCCAACAUUGCCAAUGAAGUUGCUGAUGAAAAAUUUUGUGAGACCACCAUUGGAUGUAAGAAUAAAAACCACGGGGCUCUUCUAAAAGAACUCAUGCAAACCAACAACUUCCGUGUAACUGUAGUGGAAGAGCAUGACGUGGUGGAAAUCUGUGGCGCUUUAAAGAACAUUGUUGCCGUGGGGGCAGGUUUCUGUGAUGGUCUGGGUUUCGGCGACAACACAAAAGCAGCAGUGAUCCGGUUAGGUUUGAUGGAGAUGAUCGCGUUUGCUCGCAUUUUCUGCACAGCCGGACCCGUGUCCUCUGCAACCUUUCUGGAAAGCUGUGGCGUGGCUGAUCUCAUUACAACCUGCUACGGCGGCCGCAAUCGCAAAGUAGCUGAAGCCUUUGUAAAGACAGGAAAGUCCAUUGAGGAAUUGGAGAAAGAGAUGCUGAAUGGUCAGAAACUGCAAGGACCAGCGACUGCAGCUGAAGUGUAUCUCAUCCUCAAGCACAAAGACUUGGUUGACAAGUUUCCACUGUUCAAUGCCGUGUAUCACAUUUGCUACAAGGCCCACCCAGUCACAGAGUUUAUCAGCUGCUUGCAGAACCAUCCAGAGCACAUGUAAAACACAAAAAAACUGACCAAGUGCCUUCUACAUGGAGAACGUUACCUACCGCCUGUCAUCCGUUACUCAGCAGCAGCCGGCCAGUGACUCCACGGCUGUCAUGCAUUAGCGAGUGAGUGACUCCACGGAGAUGUUGCACGACUUUUGUGUUUUUAGGCAACCACUUUGUCUUUAACUGUGUAAAGUGCGUUUUCAUUUCAUUUCAUCAUGCUGACUGACACUUGAAGGAUAUGUUGUUUUUGUAAAUUCCUCAAUAUUCACGUUUGGUUUAGCUUGGAGUUCAAGCUAAACCUAAAUGCAAAAUGCAUUACGUAACACGAUAAUUACAUUUUAACCUCAAGGAGAUGCAGCCUGUUUUAGUUAUGCUGUGAUUGCCCUUCAUAUACUAAUAGUCAAAUGUUAGUGGGCCAACAAAACAUGCAUUCAAACUUUAUAGACAAGCUCUAACUCAGCCAUUAAUGGUGGAAAAAUAAUUUGUAUCUAUUCUAAUAUUGUUGUCUAUUACCAAAUCAUUUUUGAUCAAAAUGUAAUAUCCUGUUUGUCUUUGUAAGCUUUUAGUGUCUUAAAUAACUUCCUGUCUGUACUGUAUACCACUCAUGCACGCACAAAUAUUAACAAAUGCAAGUGCCUUAGUAUGCACGGUUGCUACAGUAAGUUUUGGCUUCUGCAUUUUGACAGACCAAAGACUUGCUUCUAAAAUCUCCGUCCAUUUGUUAAUAUGACCGCCUAACAGCUUGUGUGUUGAAAUGUUAUGUCAACAGUUGUCUGUGAAUAAACUGCCAUCUAAA